CUAAAUCUAAACGGUAGUUUAAUUCACAAAAAAAGUAAGUGGCUGAAGUUAAAGAUCACCUUAACAAGGAAAGCUACAAAUCACUUGAUGAAGCAAGGAGAAUCAGGCCAUCCUGCUGCCAUGUCUUUUAUCUUCAAUACCACACCCUUUUCACUCUCAGAAAUUAUACCCAUUUUUCCACUUUUGUUCUGUCACACACAAUGUAAAAGAGACCCAAACCCAAUUUUUCCUUUUCUGCACAAUUCCUUAUUUUUGGGUUUUCUGAUACAGUGGAGCCCACCAUAAGUUGUGUAGUUGAUUUUAAUACCAUCUUCUCAAAAUGUUGCAUUCUUGAUAAUAUUCUAGGAUUAUACUUUUUGAAGUGUACACACAUUCAAUUGAGCGUUGUAGGGAAUUCUGCUACUCUUACUGUAUUUUUUUGACGAGAAUUUUAGUUUUCUUGAUUGUUUUUUAGAAUUGAAUGAUCAUGGCCUCAAUUCUUGCAUUUCAGGUAUCUCCUAGUUUCCCAAAAAGUAUAGGUUAUAAUAGACCUGGUUAUGGAGGUAGAAUUUUGUGUAAUUUAGGUGGUGGGAUGUUGGAUUCAGAUUGUGUUACUGUGAAUGUUUCUCCUGAUAUCAAGGAAAGUGACAAACUUGGGUCUUCAAUUGUUGGAGGAAAUGGGUUUGUAGGAAGCAUCGAUGGAAUGAAAAAAAGAGACAAUGAGACUAAUUCUGAGCAAUUAGAAGUUCUAUAUGAUGAUGGGUUUGGGUCUGUAAGUAUGAAGGAUUAUCUUGAUAUUUCCAAGGACAUGAUCAAACCAGAUGGUGGACCCCCUAGAUGGUUUUCCCCUGUUGAAUGUGGGCGCCCGUUAAAGGGUUCUCCUUUGCUUUUGUUUUUGCCUGGUAUGGAUGGUGUUGGGUUGGGUCUCAUCAUGCACCACCGGGCACUAGGGAAGGUAUUUGAGGUUCGGUGCUUGCAUAUUCCUGUUUAUGACAGGACACCUUUUGAAGGGCUGGUGGAGUUUGUUGAACGAGUAGUUAGGAAGGAGCAUGCAGCAUCUCCACAUAAACCCAUUUAUCUGGUUGGAGAUUCGUUUGGAGGAAGUCUAGCUCUCGCUGUUGCUGCUCGUAAUCCAACGGUUGACUUGGUUUUGAUACUUGCUAAUCCUGCAACAUCACUGGAUCGGAGCCAGCUUAAACCAUUGUUUCCUAUCUUGGAGGCAUUGCCGGAUGAUCUCCACAAUGCAAUUCCAUAUCUUCUUAGUUUUGUUAUGGGUGAACCAGUAAAAAUGGCUAUGGUCAAUGUGAACAAAAAGCUUCCUCCUGGUCCAAUGCUUCGACAACUGUCUGAAAAUCUCACUGAUUUGUUACCGCGUCUUUCUGUUAUCUCGGAUCUCAUUCCUAAAGAAACACUUAUUUGGAAGCUUAAGUUGCUGAAAUCAGCUGCUGCCUAUGCAAAUUCUCGCCUGCAUGCUGUCAAAGCUGAAGUACUUGUGCUUGCUAGUUUGAAGGAUAACAUGCUUCCCAGUGAAGAUGAAGCGAAACGGCUAUCCAGCGUGCUCAAAAAUUGUGAAGUCCGAACCUUCAAAGAGAAUGGGCAUACACUUUUACUGGAAGAUGGCAUCAAUCUACUCACAGUCAUCAAAGCCACCAGAAAAUAUCGUCGUUCAAGAAGGCUGGAUUAUGUUACCGACUUUAUGCCUCCAAGUCUUUCGGAGUACAAAUUUGGAUUUGAUCAAUAUAGUGGAUGGCUUCAAUAUUGUACAAGUCCGGUGAUGUUCUCAACCUUAGAUGAUGGAAGGAUAGUGCAAGGUCUCAGCGGGGUUCCUAGCGAGGGUCCUGUCUUAUUAGUUGGCUAUCAUAUGUUGAUGGGUUUUGAGCUCCAAGGACUUGUUGAAGGAUUUUUACGGGAGAGGAAAAUCAUGGUUCGAGGUUUAGCACAUCCUGCAUUAUUCACUCCAAGCUCUUCAAACAGUGAACUAUCGUAUUUUGAUUACACGAGAGUAUUCGGUGCUGUCCCGGUUACUCCAAGCAACUUCUUCAAAUUGCUAAAAACAAAGUCACACAUACUUCUUUAUCCUGGUGGAGCGCGCGAGGCGCUACACUACAAGGGAGAAGAAUACAAGUUAUUUUGGCCAGACCGACCAGAAUUUGUUCAGAUGGCUGCUAAAUUUAAGGCCACCAUUGUACCUUUUGGAGUGGUUGGAGAAGAUGAUAUAGCAGAGUUGGCUCUUGACUAUAAUGACUUAAUGAGAAUCCCCGUGGUGAAUGAGCUUGUUCGACAAAGUGCUAAUGAUACGAUACGAGUGAGGACAAUUGAUGAUGGAGAAGUUGGGAACGAAAACCUCUUCAUUCCCGGACUUCUUCCAAAGAUACCAGGACGUUUUUACUAUCUCUUCGGUAAGCCAAUCGACACUCUCGGGAAAGAAGAGCUGCUGAAAGAUAGAGAGAGUGCAGAAGAGUUGUAUAUGCGGAUAAAAUCAGAAGUAGCAUCAAGUAUAGAUUAUUUACUUAAGAAACGAGAAGAAGAUCCUUACCGAAGUAUUAUCGACCGAAGCAUUUAUAGGUUACUUUCUUCCCCUGCACAAGAUGUGCCUUCUUUUACCCCAUGAACAAAUAGAGAACUAUAAGGUACAUAUAGUUUUUUGUAUUAUACAAUUAUAUGUCAAAAUUUGAUAUUUUUAUAUGAUAUAUAUAUAAAUAGGCCUUAUUUUUUGUGAAUCUUUAUCGUUUUUAUUUUUGGUAAAUCGGUUUGUUUAU